AUGGUAACUGUUUCAUCUAUUUCAACAUUAGGCCAGCUAGAAAUAUUGAACAAAUCAAAUAUUCCUUUUGGGCUUGUUCAACUCUUCAUUGCUAAUGUUAUCCCUUUCUUUGUCUCUUUCUCCAACACAUUUAUGUCGUCCCCAACAGAGUUCUGCAUUGCAACCUUUCCAUUUCCAUUAGUAUUUGUUCACACCGAGUUCACAUUGCUUCUUUUCAUAAGACGACUUCUUGGGAUGAAGGUACUGACUGUUGCAAAUGGGAGGGUGUGCGGUGUCUUGCUAUCAUCAGCAUUUAAUAUCACCAGCCUUACUUUCAUGGACUUCUCUGGGAAUUUCUCUCAGGGUACCCUUCCCAACAACAUAAGUGGACUUUCGUAUCUUGACUUAUAUGCAAACUUGCUUAGUGGUAGAGUACCAGGUUGGUUGUUUAGUCUACCAUCUUUGGAGUAUCUAGACCUCAGCUCUAACAAACUUAAUGGUCCCAUUGACACAAUUCCAAGUUCUUUCUUUGACUUCAUGAACCUUACUUUUCUUGACCUUUCAUCUAAUAACUUGAGUGGAAAUAUCAAGUCAUGCAUGCAUGUGAAGCUUAGGAAUCUAAGGUCGCUUGAUCUUUUAUUUAACAACUUACCAUCAUUAACUAGGUGUAGUAAUGAUGUCAAUUCUACCCUACCCAUGAUAAUUGAGUUCCAUUUCUCUUCUUGCAACAUGCACCGUUUCGCAAGCUUCUUGAAUGUAUCCAAGCACUUGCAAGUUUUAGAUCUUUCUAAUAACCAAAUUCAAGCAGAAGGAUGGGAGGACUUGGUCACUUUGAACCUUUCUAUGAACUUCUUGUCUAGCGUUGAGCAAAUUCCAAGGAAGCAUCUGUUUAUUCUGGACCUUCGCUCCAAUUCACUUCAAGGACCACUUCCAACUCCACCACAGGAACUAAGUUAUUUCUUAAUCUCAAACAAGGAGUUGGUGGGAGAAAUCUCUUCCAAGAGUUGCAAUUUGAGUUUUCUUCAUUCUGUACUUGACUUGUCUAAAAACAAGUUGGGUGGAACUAUUCCAGAUUGUUUUGGGACUUUUAGCGACCAGCUGUCAGUGAUUGUUUUGAGAACACUUAGUCUCAGUGUUAACCAACUUGAAGGAUCAAUUCCACAGUCAUUGCUACAGUGCAGUUUCGAUGCUUUCUCAAAUGAUUCCUUCGAUGGCAACUCCGGACUAAGUGGAUUUCCGUUGUCAAAGAAAUAUGGCAACGAUCAGGAACCAGAAUCACUUCGAUCAACAGUUGCUGAUAAAUUUGAAACAACACUUAUUUGGAAAAUGGCAGCAAUGGGUUAUGGAAGUAGAGUAGUGCUUAGAUUGAAUAUGGGAUACAUAGUUUUCACAACUGAGAGACCUGUUGGCUAG